AUGCGUCGUCCCGGCCGUCCUCCUCGCCUCAACCGGUUACCCCAACAUUUAGACUACACAUUAAUUCCUGCACCUCUUGACCUAUCCCUGCCUCUCGUGGAUGAGAAGGCACCUCUUCCGGCAAUCAUUGUGACCCCUUCGUCCCCAUCCCACGAUGGCGACUUCUCCAUCGCAUUCCUAAUCCCACCACAGAAACCUACCGCAUUUCGGCGUCUGUGGGGCAAGCUCACCACUCUGCCUUCGUUCUUUUCCCAUUCCCAGCUUCCGUCUGCGAUUCAGCUUCCCUCAUCCGCUACAAAAGAUGAGUUUGAACACAGUUCAUACUUUUCGCUGAAGACUAGGGCGCGCGUGGCCAUCGUUGUGCUGCUCCUGCUGUUCAUCAUGGGAUGUCACCUUAUUAUGCAUAGCCUCGCCACUGGACGUCCGCACAUGGCAUUUGAUGGACAUCCUGGCACGGACACCGACACCUUGACUGCAACGGAUAACAUGGACGCGUUUGGUGCCGCGGUGUACGCGCAUGGCGCAGAAGAUGCGUCGCCGCCCGCUGCUGGUGGAUGGUUCGACUUGGGCGCGUUGUGGGCGCCCAUGCCUAGCGGAGAUGCGAAGCGGAACCCUGAGUUCAUCAUCUCGGAGGCGGAGUCAGAAGCCGUAUGA